UCGUCUCCCGGAGAAGGGCACCUGUAUUGGGCCAGCAUGGAGACAGAUUCAAGAACGAGUCCACCGAUGUCUCCGAUUGAGAGUUGCAAAACGAGUGACCCAAUGAUUUCGGUGGGCAGCAGAAAGAAAAGCACAGCAGGUGCUCAGAUUCAUGGCGAUUUCAUCCGAGCCAAGACAGUCAAAGAGUCAGGCGAAUUCUCCAGCAACAGCUGGGAAAAGUUCCGGCGCUGGGCCAAACGUUUGACCACCAACCCGUUCGUGCAGCAAUGCAUGGCAAUGGUGGUGUUGUUUGAUGCUUACUGCAACUGUAGUGAUAUCGAUGCUCGAGCACAAGGAAAUCAAGUGAAUCCAACGCUGCAUAUGGCAGCAGGUUUGUGCUUGGUCUUGUAUUCCAUCGAACUGGGCCUGAUAUUGUCUUGGCAAGGUUCUGUUGCUUUGAUGGAUUGGAUCUUCCUAUUGGAUGUGGGUGUCAUUGUUUGCGGCUUCACGGAGAUUGUGAUGGAUUUUUUCAUCCCCGAAGGGGAGUUGGCCGCCAGGAUUGGUAUCCUUCGUUUGUUGCGUUUGGCGCGGGUCAUCCGCUUGCUACAGCUCUUGAGAAAGACGCGUGCAUUGCGUGAGCUGCAAAAGUUGGUGACCAUGAUGUCAACCUGUUUGAAGGCCUUGGCGUGGUCCUUCAUUUUUUGUUUCGUGGUCAUGACCAUUUGGGCCAUGCUCAUGGUUGAGAUCAUCUUCCCGCUGAUUAAGGAGAUGCACCGCAGGGAUCCCGAAGUCUUCCAAGAAUGUCCGCAGUGCCUACGAGCCACCUCUUCAGUCAUGGAUGCGAAUCUUCUCCUCUUCAAAACUGUCAUAGCAGGAGAUUCCUGGGGCACCAUUGCUGUGCCUGUCAUUGAGGCAUACCCUGCCACUGCCAUUAUUUUUGUGGGGAGCCUCCUCACCUUGGUUUUCGGUGUAUUGAACCUCAUCGUUGCGGUUGUUGUUGAUACAUUCGCAGACGCGAGGGACAGGGACAUCUUGAACUUGGCGGAUGAGAUGGAACAAGACAUGGAAGCGGACAAGAGGUUUCUUGAGGGUGUGUUCAAUCGCAUUGACGUGGAUAAGACGGGUCAGUUGACCCUGGAUCAGCUCGUUGAGGGGGCACGGACGGACGCAGAGUUCCAGAGUCGACUCAAGGUCAUGGAUAUUGAUGAGAUGGACUUGGUCCAACUUUUUGAGAUGAUUGACACGGACACUUCUGGUGCCAUCGAACAGAAUGAGUUCAUUCGGCCCCUGAGCCGAUGGGUCCGCGACUCCAAAACGGCACCGCGAUUCAUCAAGUACAACAUGAUGAGAGUCAUGCACAAACAAGACGAGCUUCAAGCAGAGCAGAUUGAGCUGCAGAGAUGUUUUCAGAACCACUUUGCGGAGAUCCAUCAGCGAAUCGAUCAGUUGCAAUCUGACCUCACUGGCCAUCCACGCAACAGCGAGCAGAGGGCAGGGAAGGUCGGUGGGAUGGCAGGGCCCUCCAUGGAUGCUGAUUUCGUUGUGGAAAUUGUGGAACAACCGAGAAGUUCCGAACGAGUCACCCUGAAGAGGCUCUCGGAAUCACAGGCCGACGUGGAAGAUGCCAUGCAGAGGUUGGAGUCCUUGGUUCUGCGAGCCACGGAGUCAGCCCUAAAGGAGUCCACGGGAAUGGUGAAGCACCUAUUGAUGGAUCGACCUGCGAUUCCUGAGGUCGUACCCAUGCAGAUUCCCGCCCCAAAGAUGGUGGAGCUCCCAAGGACUUUGCAGCCACAUCCGGCUCCCCAUCCGGUGCCGCAGAUCCAGCAUGCGGAGAUCUCGAAAGGGGAGAGAAAUCACCUGGAUGAUCCAGACGACUUGGCAGCAGCACCGAUGGCAUGUGAAGAUACGUGA